AUGAUGUGCGACGCCAGGAUGGAGCUUCGUCAAUGGGAACGUUCUUACUCUGGGGCCGCUGGAAUCAGUUUCGAGCAGUUUGAUAAGGAUGAAAAUGGUCAAGAGACAACUGUAGUGCUCGGACUGAACUGGGGCAAGAAGAAGGAUGAGUUAUCAGUCUCCCUCCCGAAAGAAGAAAAGAUUGAGAAUAUUAGCAAGAGAGUGAUGUUGUCAAAAGUGCAACAAUUUUUUGACCCGAUGGGGUAUUUAAGUCCAACCACCAUCAUCCCAAAGCUGUUAUUGCAAAGGACCUGGACAGAGAAGAAUUCAUGGGAUGAGGAGUUGGAUUCAACAAUUAAGAAAGAAUUUGAAGAUUGGUGGAAUCAGGCGCAGCUAUUAAAAGAAAUGAAAAUUCAUUUUGCUCAAGUUAUGAAAGCGGUCGCCAGUUUCAUGUAUUUUGUGACGCAAGUCAACAUGCGUAUGCCGGCGCCGUAUUUAUACGAGUUGAAGAUAAUGAACAAGUUUCAGUCCAAUUGUUACAAGCUAAGGCAAGAGUUGCCCCAUGAAGAAGGUAACAAUUCCAAGGAGGCCUUGUCCGCAGAGGAGACCCCAACUUUUUACUGGAGCGACUCGACGACAGCGCUGGCUUGGAUAAAGCGCAAUGAUGAAUGGGGAACAUUUGUGGGAAACCGAGUUAAGGAAACAUGUUCCCUCAGUAAUUCCAUGGAAUGGAACCAUGUGCCGGGCGUCCUCAACCCAGCCGACUUACCUUCAAGAGGAUGCAGUCCUUCUCAUCUUAUCAAUUCUAAAUGGUGGGAGGGCCCGGAUUGGCUAAAGAAACCGAAAUCGGAAUGGCCAUCAAGUAAAGAAGAAGCGGACGAUGAAGAAGUUCGUGUCGAGAUGAAGAAAGUGGCGAAAGUGUCACUUAUUGCGACGUUGCCAUCAACGCCCUGGUAUGGAGAGAUGUCAUGUUCUUUUGUGAAGAAUGUUCGUAUUAUCGCGAUGCUGAAGCGUAGCAUACGUCGAUUUAAAGGAGAGAAGAUAGUUGGCGAAUUAGAACAGCGAGAAGUUGAAGAAGCUGAAACUUUUAUCUUCCACAAAAUACAAGAAGAAUCUUUCCCCAUGAAUCAAAAUGUGGUGGAGAAUCUGCAAAUUGUUCGAGGAGAAGACGACUUGCUCAGAAUUAAGACCAAGAUUACGAACAUGCCAGAGAGUAAAUCAUUCAGAAAACCAGUUUUGCUGCCAUCAAAUCAUCCUGUGGUAUGGCAGUUAAUUAGAUCGGAGCAUAUUCUAAAUAUGCAUGCAGGAUUAAGCAUUACGAUGAGCAAAUUAAGGGAGCGUUUUUGGAUAAUCCAUUUACGACAACAAGUUAAGAAGGUGAUCCGGCAAUGUGUUGUCUGUCGCCGUUUUACCACUAAGAAAUCAGAAGUUCCGUGCCCCCCACUUCCCGAGGAUAGAGUGACGACGACCGCGAAGGUGUUUCAAGUGGUGGGGAUUGACCUAGCAGGACCGUUCUUCCUGAAAAAUGGGUCAUAA